GGCUGGGCCUCUCUCCGAAUUUAAAGGGCCCGCUUCCGCGCCGCCUUGGGAACCGCAGCUGGUCCCGGCCUUGCGGCCUGCGGGGGAGGCUGCCCGGAGGAGGCAGCGACGGUGGAGGUGGCAGUGUGUCCCCGGCCCCCAGGACCGUGGCUUCCUUCUCGGCCAGGUCUAUCCAUCUGUCCAUACAUCUGUGGGGGUCUGCAAUGGCCACCUUUAGCCGCCAGGAAUUUUUCCAGCAGUUGCUGCAUGGCUGUCUUCUGCCUACUGCCCAGCAGGGCCUUGACCAGAUCUGGAUGCUCCUUGUUAUCUGCCUCACCUGCCGUCUCCUCUGGAGGCUUGGGUUACCCUCCUACUUGAAGCAUGCAAGCACCGUGGCCGGUGGUUUCUUCAGCCUCUACCACUUCUUCCAAUUGCACAUGGUUUGGGUCGUGCUACUCAGCCUUUUGUGCUACCUCGUGCUGUUCCUCUGCCGACAUUCUUCCCAUCGGGGUGUCUUCCUCUCCGUCACCAUCCUCAUCUACCUGCUUAUGGGUGAGAUGCACAUGGUGGACACAGUGACAUGGCACAAGAUGCGAGGGGCCCAGAUGAUCGUGGCCAUGAAAGCGGUAUCUCUGGGCUUCGACCUGGACCGGGGCGAGGUGGGUGCUGUGCCCUCACCUGUGGAGUUCAUGGGCUACCUCUACUUCGUGGGCACCAUCGUCUUUGGGCCAUGGAUAUCCUUCCAUAGCUACCUACAGGCUGUCCAAGGCCGCCCGCUGAGCCGCCAAUGGCUGCAGAAGGUGGCCCGGAGCCUGGUGCUGGCCCUGCUGUGCCUUGUGCUGUCCACCUGUGUGGGCCCUUACCUCUUCCCGUACUUCAUCCCCCUCGAUGGCGACCGCCUCCUUCGCAAGUGGUUGCGGGCCUAUGAGAGUGCGGUCUCCUUCCACUUCAGCAACUACUUCGUGGGUUUUCUGUCUGAGGCCACAGCCACGUUGGCAGGGGCUGGCUUCACCGAGGAGAAGGAUCACUUGGAAUGGGAUCUAACUGUGUCUAGGCCCCUGAAUGUGGAGUUGCCCCGGUCCAUGGUGGAAGUUGUUACAAGCUGGAACCUGCCCAUGUCUUACUGGCUAAAUAACUAUGUUUUCAAAAAUGCUCUCCGCCUGGGAACAUUCUCGGCUGUGCUGGUCACCUAUGCAGCCAGUGCCCUACUGCACGGCUUCAGCUUUCAUCUGGCUGCAGUGUUGCUGUCCCUUGCGUUUAUCACAUAUGUGGAGCAUGUCCUUCGGAAGCGCUUGGCUCGGAUCCUCAAUGCCUGCAUCUUGUCAAAACGGUGCCCCCCAGACUGUUUGCACCAGCAUCGUUUGGGCCUGGGGGUUCGAGCCUUAAACCUGCUCUUUGGGGCCCUAGCCAUCUUCCACCUGUCCUACCUGGGUUCCCUGUUCGAUGUCGAUGUGGAUGACACCACAGAGGAGCAGGGCUACGGCAUGGCAUACACUGUCCACAAGUGGUCAGAGCUCAGCUGGGCCAGUCACUGGGUCACUUUUGGAUGUUGGAUCUUCUACCGUCUCAUAGGCUGAGACACAUCUGUGCACCUUCAGAGCUCCCUCAAGACUCCUUCUCAGAGAGCCAACUUAAAGGAGGAUGACGGAAGACAUUCUUGACCCCUCUACAUCUUUGACCCUCCUAAGAUCCUUCCAUGCACCCAUGCAAAUACAUUUCCAUGCCUGUCAAUCCCCACCCCCACCGCAAGGCGGGAAGAGGGGUGAUCCCUGCUGGUGCAUAGGAAUAAGGAUUGGGGAACAUUUGGGGAAGCAGAAAGCGGGAGAUCCAGGGCCUCCCCUGCCUUCCUUCUUCCUUUUUAUAUAGUUCGUUAUUGUCAAAUAAAAGUAGGAAAUAUACAAAA